AUGUCUUCUUAUUUUCUCUCUUCAAACCCCAAAAUGCAUACUUUCUCUAUGUUACCUUCUCACUCAACUCUACAAAUUUCAAACCACAUAACUAUACCCAAGUUUCACCCUUUUCAAUCAUCUCAUUCUCACCAUUUUUCUUCUUCACCACUUAGACUCGCCAUUGAUGGAUUUUCAUGCCCAUCUUCUUCUUUCUUUCAAUCUCUUAGAAAGUCUUCACCUUUUCUCAUUUCCACUCAAAAAAUUCAUUCUUUUAGAAUCCUUGCUGCUUCUCUUCCAGAGGGGCAAAGUCAUGAACCAACUCAACCUUCUGGUUUUGUUCAAUCUCUACAACUUGGUUUCAUGUUUGCUACUUGGUAUCUCUUGAAUAUUUACUUUAACAUUUACAACAAACAGGUUCUAAAAGUCUAUCCAUUUCCAGCAACAGUUACAGCAUUUCAAUUUGGCUUUGCUUCAUUGGUGAUUAAUUUGAUCUGGACUUUGAAUCUCCAUCCAAGACCAAAUAUCAGAAGAUCACAGGUUGCAGCAAUUCUUCCACUGGUUAUGGCACAUACAUUGGGAAACCUGUUGACCAACAUCAGUCUUGGCAAGGUUUCUGUUUCAUUCACUCACACCAUUAAAGCUAUGGAGCCUUUCUUCACUGUUGUUCUUUCAUCCCUUCUCCUCGGUGAGGUGCCUACUUUUUGGGUGGUUUCUUCUCUUCUGCCGAUAGUCGGUGGAGUGGCAUUGGCUUCAAUGACUGAAGUUUCUUUCAAUUGGAUUGGAUUCAGCACUGCAAUGGCAUCCAACCUUACGAAUCAAUUGCGGAACGUUAUGAGCAAAAAACUAAUGGCUAAUGAAGAGGAAGCUUUGGACAAUAUCAAUCUCUAUUCAGUUAUAACCAUCAUUUCCUUUUUCUUUUUGGUACCAUGUGCUAUAUUUUUGGAGGGUUUCAAGUUUACUCCUUCGUACCUGAAAUCUGCGGCAAGCCACGGAUUGAAUGUUAGAGAGUUAUGCAUAAGAUCAGUUUUGGCUGCAUUCUGCUUCCAUGCUUACCAGCAGGUUUCAUAUGGGAUAUUAGAGAAAGUGUCCCCUGUGACACACUCAGUUGGAAAUUGUGUGAAACGUGUGGUUGUCAUAGUCUCUUCUGUUAUCUUCUUCCAAACUCCUGUCUCACCUAUCAAUGCAUUUGGAACUGCUAUUGCACUUGUUGGUGUUUUCUUGUACUCAAGGGCAAAGAGGAUUAAGCCAAAAAUAAAUACAGCAUAA